AUGCAACAGUUAAUAAAUAAUAAACUUGUUCGUUACAUAGCAGCAUUUAUUAUUGCAUGUGACUUGUUUUAUAUCGCAUCCAUACAAUUAUUCAGUCAAAAUAAAAGUUUACCAACGUUAACAAGUAUUAAAAUAGAAAUAGAUUUAAAGAAUGAUGGAGAAGGAAUCGCUAAAAACUUGUCAAACAAUAUACAGACCUUUCGAACAAGACCAAAAGAAGGUCAUAUAAUUGAUUAUACACGAGUGGUAGAUCAUUGCGAUAUGAGCAAAUUUCUCGCCGAACAAUGUUUGGAAUAUCUUGAUAAACAUGAAUCAGAAUAUACCAUUCCUAAUCCGAAUUUAACUUUAAAUGACGCGUCAAAGUGCUUGCCUGAUCAACCUCCGACCCUUUUCCAUGUAUUUUGGAAAGGGGAUUUUAGUGACAAGAUUGCAAUGAUGAUCAAAUCUUUUAUGUUCACACAACCUUUACAAUGUUCAAAGUUAUACGUUUGGUUAGACGAUAAUGAGAUGAGAUUGGAAGACAAUCCACACGCAAAGCCUUUACUUAAAUUUUCACCAAAAUUUAUUGAAUUUAUGAAAUGGGAUACCGAAGAACAACUUGAUCAAGAUCCGAUAUACCAUGGAUGGAAAUCCAUUUAUAAUUCAAAACAAAGGACUGUAUCAUUCAGUGAUAUGGUACGUUUCGUUGUCCUUCAACGAUAUGGAGGAAUUUAUGUGGAUGCCUAUCAAUGGAGUUUCAAGGAAGAUUAUAACACCGCUGUAUUACGACUUCGUGCAAAUAGUACAACCACUAGGAUGGUAAUUGAAGGUACAAUUCAAAAUCAUAUGAAAUUUCAUCCUUUCGACAUCAAGAAGUAUUUUUGGAAUCAUAAACAACCAAAAUCAAUUUUAACACCGAAUAUCAAUGUAUGGUACGAUGUAUUUAGGCCUGACUUGGCCCCAAAUGAAUUUAUAAAUGUUGAGCCGAUGGAUGCCACGCCUGCACUACGUAAGGUUGAUGGAUUUUUCCCCGGCGCAUUUACUUAUCAUUGGCAUAACAAUUGGAAAACUAAAAUUCUUCCAAAUUCUUGGAUGGGAGUAUUACAAUCCGCUUACGAUGAAUUCUUGAAUGGUCAGCAAUCUAAUAUCUAUAAUGAAUAUUUAGAGUUUUAA